AUGUCAGAUUGGACUGAUGCAGAUCUCAGAAAGAUGCAGUAUGAUGUUGCGGCCAUAAAUAUGCUCCACUGUGCACUGGAUGCAGCUGAGUACAACCGCAUAUCUGGAUGCGAGUCAGCUAAGGAGAUUUGGGAGAAGUUUGAGACUACCUAUGAAGGGACUGAUAAAGUCAAGGAGUCCAAAAUCAAUCAACAGCUAAGAUACUAUGAGCUGUUCGAGAUGAAGGAAGGAGAAUCUAUUGGCGAGAUGAACAAUCGAUUCGUCAAUAUCAUCAAUAAGCUGAAGCGCCUUGGUAAAAGUUUUACUGAGGAAGAGCAAGUGAAGAAAAUUCUGAGGAGUCUUCCUAGGAGCUGGGAAGCAAAGAAGACCGCCAUCGAAGAAGCUCAUGAUCUGAAGAGCUAUAAAUUUGAUGAGCUGAUUGGCUCCUUAUUGACUCACGAAAUUUCAGUAAGAAAUUUCGAUGAAAAGGAGAAACAAGGCAGAUCUGAUGAUAAGAAGCAGAAGGCCAUCGUACUGAAAGCUGAUUCAUCUGAGGAUGAAGGCUCAGAUGAAGAUGAUAUGGCUAUCGUUGCUAGAAAGCUGAAGAGAAUGUUCAAGAAAGGUAGAAGGUUCCACAAUAGAAGAUACAAAAACUUCAGCACAAAGAAGGAUCUGAAGAAGGAUGAAGAGCCAUCCAUCACCUGCUUCGAGUGUCACCAGCUAGGACACAUCAGAACUAGUUGUCCUAAACUAAGAAAGGACAAGAAAUUCAAGAAAAAGAAGGCAAUGGUGGCAACCUCGAGCGAUUCAGAAGAAUCAGAGUCUUCAUCAUCAUCUGAUGAAGAAGAAAAUACUGAAACUGCCAAUAUCUGUUUCAUGGCUCAUGAUGGUGAGCAUACUGAGGAAGUUAGCUCAGACACAUCAGAUGAGUCUGAAAGUGAGGCAGACAGAGAUGCAGAUCCUCAGGAACAAGUCCUAUCCAUGUCUACCUCUGAGAUGCACUGUGCCUUAUUUGCAUUAUAUCAGUUUGCAAAGAAGUCAGCAGCCAAGAUGAAAAGGUUUCAGAGGAGAAUUGUAGAACUUGAAGAAGAUAGAAGCUUCCAUGAGGAGCAAUUCAAGAACCUUGCUACUACACUUCCUGAUCAUGAAGAAAAAUUGAAACUACAAGGAGAAGAUAUACAGACCAUCACUCAGGAGUGUGCAAAUCUGAGAGAAUGGAUUGAAGAAUUUCAGAAAUUUCAGUCACAGAAAGAAUCGAAGACAGCUCAGCAAAAGUCACAGCCUCAGAACACUCAGAGAUCAAAACAUACUGAAAGACAUAAUCAGUAUGUGAAGAAUCAGAGACAUCGUCAAUAUGGACAGAAUAGGCGGCCACAGAGGCAGUCAGUAUGGACAGAAUAG